AUGCUUUGCGUCACUUUCUGUCCUUUCAUUGGCCCUAUCAAUCCAUUCCAGCUCCCCAAAACCGUCAAUAUGAAGCCCGUCGUGUCUGCGUUGAACGCCUGGUCCUGUGUCGUUAUUUCAAUCUUCGCCAUCAUCAUUUUGUCCGUUCUGGGCUCCCUAUUUAACGUGCGUAUUCUCGGCCCCCAACCGAUCGACCAACAGAGCAAUAACCCAUCCUACACUGGAGCAGAGGAAGACCCUGAAGACGGCCCUGCAGUCGCUGCUUCCAUAUACAUUGCUGUGAUUGUCUAUGCUGGCUUUUUCGUCUUCUGCGGUUUACAGGCAUACCUCCACGUACGAGGAAGCAGGGGCGGUGCCAUAUCUUUGAAUUAA